AUGGCCAAAGGGAGACGCUUCAACCCACCGUUAGACAAGGAUGGAAGAUGGUUCCCUCACAUUGGACUCGUGCAAAAGACACCAGAAUCCAUCACAUGUGCUAUGUUAAAAGAGCCGCAGAGUCCACGUUUGUCUCGGCAAGUGGAGGGGAAGCUACCACCAAUCUACAAAGUCCGGGAGAAGCAAGCAGUGAAUAACAACUUCCCCUUCUCCGUGCAUGACAAUCGGCACAGCUUUCAGAACUCUGGAUACUAUUUUGACUCCGGCCUGGGACGUAAGAAGGUCUCCCCAGAAAAAAGGCAACACAUUUCAAGAAAUUUCAAUCUUUGGGCAUGUGACUAUGUUCCAUCUUGUCUCGAUGGCUUUUCAAAUAACCAGAUAUCCUAUGUCUAUCGGGAAGCUGUGGUGGUCCCAAUUUUCAGACGCUUUCCAAGACGUUAUAAUGAGAUAUGGAACACUUUUAAAUUUAUUCCCCAGCAAAGUUAUAUGGAGUUUUUGAAAAAGAAUCCAAAAGUAAGGUUCAUGAUGAACAAAAAGGCCAAUUCUCCACUGGAGCCCUAA